UCACUUUAUGCCUUUUCCAACACACACUACUCUCUCUACCUUCCCAUUUUCAAAUGGUGCCUCUACCACUACUUCUUCUUUCUCCUUAAUCCAACACACCAAGGAAGAAAAUGGAAAAGCAAGUUCUGUCUCUUUUCAUAUUCUCCCACCUACUUUAUCUCCUCCUCCUUUACCUUUGAACCCAAAAACACCCUUUUAAUUUCAUCAUAAAAUAUCUAUUUAUGGGGGCUGGUAUUUCUUUGUCAACUUCAAACAAGUGUGAUUAUGAUGAUGGAAAGCCAGGUCUUGGGGACAUACCAGAGAGCUGCAUAUCAAGGUUGCUGAUGAAUCUGGAUCCACCAGAAAUAUGCCAACUGGCUAGAGUGAACCGCGCUUUUCACAGAGCUUCCUCAGCUGAUUUUGUGUGGGAAUCAAAGUUGCCACAAACCUACAAGUUCCUUGCCAAAAAAGUCUUUGCUCAACACAAUAUUAUUGCUUCUAUGACUAAGAAAGACAUUUAUACAAAACUAUGUUUACCCAAUCGCUUCGAUGCUGGCACCAAGGAAGUUUGGUUGGAUAAAUGGAGCGGACAAAUUUGUUUGUUCAUGUCAUCCAAGUCCUUCAACAUAACAGGAAUAGAUGAUAGAAGAUAUUGGAAUUAUAUUCCAACUGAAGAAUCCAGGUUCAAGAGCGUUGCCUAUCUUCAACAAAUGUGGUGGGUUGAGGUGGUGGGGGAGCUAGAGUUUGAAUUCCCUGUGGGCAGUUACACCCUAUUUUUCAGACUCCAAUUGGGCAUGGCCUCUAAAAGAAAGGGCCGCCGUGUGUGCAACGUGGACCAAGUCCAUGGCUGGGACAUCAAGCCCGUCCGAUUUCAACUCUCCACAUCACACGGCCAUCUUUCUCACUCAGAGUCUUAUUUGACUAGCCCAGGGGAGUGGAUCCACUACCGUGUUGGAGAUUUUAUUGUUGAUAGGCCCAAUGAGCCCACUAAACUGAAGUUCUCUUUGGCCCAAAUUGAUUGCACUCACACCAAAGGUGGCCUCUGCAUAGAUGGUGCCAUCAUCUGCCCAACCCAGUUUAGCCACAAAAUUAUACUCUUCUAGCUCAUUAUUUUUACGCACAGUUACAGAGGUUAUAAAUAAGGGUCUUCUUUUUUAAUUAGACACUGGCAUUUGUAACAAGUUCUCAUUUCCUCUUGAUGUUUGUGUUGUACAUAUUAAUUUGCUGUUUGAUACCACAGGUAUAUUAUUAAAAAAAAAAUUAAAUUAGGUUUGUCUAGUAAAUAGCUCAUUAACCCGUUUAAACA